UGGACCUUUUCCAAGUGUUUAGCAUGUCUUUUGUUUCGCAUUAGCCAGUUGUUUGUCAAACGGAGGAGAGAGUUGAGCUUCAAGACUCGAGAGAUUGACGGUCACAACAAUUCCAUUGAAGGCAUUGUCUCUUGUCCCCAAGUGUUUUCCUUUCCAUUUUGUUCAUUUUGUCCCACUCAGUCCCUAUUUGCUCCCGUUGAGAGGCACUGAAAGGCCGUGAAGUGAGAGCCUUCAAGGCUGACAAAGACAGGUAUUGAAGGACCUACAGCUGAUUGUGUGAAUCAAAAUGACGAUCGAGGCUGGAGAAGUGAUCCUACGAUCCGAACCUUUUUGUGCCAUCCUGGAAGGACAAGCUGUCCAAAGCCAUUGCUCGUUCUGUUUCUUUCGCAUUGAGAGCGAUGAAUUGCUCAAAUGUUCCGCUUGUCGUGUGACUCGUUAUUGUGAUGAAGAGUGCAAGCUCCAGGAUGUCGAGUCUCAUCAAGAUGAGUGCUCGAUCUUGGCAGAGAAUCCUGAUAUUUGUGAUAGUGUUCGAAUGGUGGUAAAGCUUAUCCUGAAGCUAGAUCGAAACAAGGAGUGCGGAGUUGACAAUGCCGAAGUGUAUUCCGGAGGAACGCGGUCAUUUGAAGAUCUCAUGAGUCACAAAGAACAUCUUUCGCAAGAAGGGGAGAACUUUACCCUGAUCCAAAAGUUCCAUCGCGUCAUGUCAGGUCUUUUAGGCCCCAAGGCACCGAACUUUGAAACGUUUCUAGAAAUUUAUGGACGCCUGAUCAUCAAUGGUUUCGAGAUCUGUGACGGCAAUCAGAGUAUCAAAGGCUGGGGUCUUUAUUUGGCCCCCUCAAUCUUGGACCACUCUUGUGCACCCAAUGCCACUGUCUCAUUUUUGGGGCGAACAAUAUUUGUGAGGACCUUGGUGGACAUGGAGAGUCCUCUCAAGUGGAACGAGGUCAGAAUUUCAUAUAUUGAUCUCAUGGAAACCUCAGAGAUGAGACAAAAGAAGUUGUUGGAACAAUAUCAAUUCCAUUGUGAUUGCCCACGUUGUGUCUCCUCAACACGUCAACUUAUGUUCAAAACCGAAGGAUCGAAGCCUUGUUUACCCAAGAGCGAGGCCCUUUUGUAUUGCAUGAGAUGUCAACAUUGUUCAGGAAGGCCUGUCUACAUUGGCCCACCCGAACCUGACCUCAGCAUGGCGUCCAUUAGCAAUAACAACAACAACAACCACUGCCCAAAUAUCUGCCAAAAUUGUGAGCAACCACCCUCAAUGGAACACUUGAAGAAAUACUACCAGAUUUAUGAAAAAGUGGAUCACGCAUUGGAACGCGAUGAACGAUUGUCAACUAAAGAGCUUGCAUCCUUCUUCAGCGAAAUGACAGGUCUGUUCUACCCUCAACAUCGUCUGAUGGUACGGAUUGCCGAGAAUCUCUUUGAGGCUAAUUUCCGAUUUGGCGAAACCCUGCCAGCCUUCGAGUACGGAUCCGUUUGUGACAAGGCCUAUCAAGAGUAUGGAGCUCAUGGGCCACGCUAUCUUGGAUCAUUCUAUUCAAGAUGGGCUCUAGUUUUGGAGAGAAUGGGCAAAGCCAAACAAGCAAUCGAGGUCAACCAGAAGGCCUUGAAUAUUCUUCAGGGUUCACACGGACGCACGCACUCUAUGUGGAUUCGAACCAAAGCUAGGGUUGACCAAUUGUUGCAGAAUAAAUAAAAGCUUACAGAAACAGGGUCGUGCCUCUUAUUUAAAAAGAAAACAGGGCGCAACUAAUAAUUUUGUGUAC